AGAAGCAGAGAAGCAGAGAAGCAGAGAAGCAGAGAAGCAGAGAAGCAGGUCCUCACACAGCAAGAAGGAACGUUGUGUCAGCUUUGAAGAUAAUUGGCAAAAAUCAUUCGCUUUGAGGAUGUUGCUGAACGUCACCAACCAAACAGACGAUGGCUUCUCCUGCUACAGUCCCUCGGUAGAGGUGUACCGCUACUUUGCCGUGCUGUGGGGAUGUGCCGUCACCGUCACCGGCACAAUUGGGAACCUGAUGACCAUUCUAGCGUUUGCCUCGGACUCCCACCUGAGGACCCGCUUCAAUGUGCUGAUUGUCAACCUGGCUCUGGCUGACCUCCUGUACUGCACCGUACUGCAGCCCAUUUCCGUUGACUGCUACCUCCACCUCAGAUGGCGCAGCGGCGAGCUCUGGUGCAGAAUCUUUGGCCUGCUGCUCUUCCUCUCCAACUCGGUCUCCAUUAUCACCCUCUGCCUGGUAGCUGUGAGUCGGUACUUACUGGUUGGCAGACGGGCCGUUUUCAACCGCGUCUUCUCAAACUGCGGACUCACUUGCCUCCUGAUUGCAACGUGGGCGCUCGGCCUGGCCAGCUUCAGCCCGCUCUGGUCCGUGUAUGUGUUUGUGCCUCAGGUGUGCACAUGCAGCUUCCACCGAAUCAGGGGUCGCCCCUACACCACCAUUCUGCUCUUCUUCUACUUCUUUGUGGGACUGGCCUGCGUCGGCACCUUCUACUUCCUCAUUUACCGACGCGUGCGGCUCGCAUCGUUGGCCUUGCUACGCUACAGGUUCAGCCGCCGGUCUUCCAAGAAGAAAGCCCCGGAAGCGGACGACAGCGGUGUGGGGAACAGCAUGGCCACUUGCAGCAGUGAUCUGGGCACCCAGGGGAAAUUCACAGAGAUAGAGAAUCCCCUCCAAAAUACGCAAUGCAAGACCUCAAAGGAAUCACCUGCACACAAGCCAAACCCUGGCGUUGGAAGUGCGCCACCUUUAAGCCCUGCUACCCCCGCCACUGCCAGCUCAGGAGAGGAUUCAGAAUUUAAGCGUGUGACGCGCAUGUGUUUUGCGGUUUUCCUGUGUUUUGUGUUUUGCUUCGUCCCCUUCCUGUUACUCAACAUUGCCGAUAAACGCGGCAGUGCCCCGCAGGUGCUGCACAUGUUGUGUGCCAACCUCACCUGGCUCAACAGCUGUAUCAACCCCAUACUCUACGCCGUCAUGAAUCGACAAUUCCGAAAGGCCUACCAUGUGCUGCUCAUCAGGGCGGCUACACCUUUCUCAUACCUCUGGAGGCAAAGCUCCUAAGUUCUUGCAUGCUGCAUGUACACUUUUAUUUGUAUUUGACUUUAGAAAGAAAGAAAGAAAGAAAGAAAGAAAGAAAGAAAGAAAGAAAGAAAGAAAGAGCUAAAAACAACAACUAAAAAUAAUAUAAUAUACUGUGUAUAUAUGUGUGUAUUUAUAUAUAUAUACAGUACAGGCCAGAUUUGGACACACCUUCUCAUUCACAACACAACUGAUGGCCCCAAGCCCAUUGAUAAAGCAAGAAAUUCCACUAAUCAACCCUGAUAAGGCACACCUGUGAAGUGAAAACCAUUUCAGGUGACUACCUCUUGAAGCUCAUGGAGAGAAUGCCAAGAGUGUGCAAAGCAGUAAUCAGAGCAAAGGGUGGCUAUUGUUAACAAACUAGAAUAUAAAACAUUUUUUCAGUGAUUUCACCUAUUUUUGUUAAGUACAUAACUCCACAUGUGUUCAUUCAUAGUUUUGAUGUGACAAUCUACAAUGUAAAUAGUCAUGAAAAUAAAGAAAACGCAUUGAAUGAGAAGGUGUGUACAAACUUGUGGCCUGUACUAUAUAUAUAUAUAUAUAUAUAUAUAUUUUUUUUUAUUAUAUAUAUAUAUAGGGACGGCGUGGCUCGGUGGGUAGAGCGGCCGUGCGUUCCUAGUUCGAUCCCCAGCUUCUGCCAUCCUAGUCACGUCCAUUGUGUCCUUGCGCAAGACAAUUCACCCUUGCUCCUGAUGGGUCGUGGUUAGGGCCUUGCAUGGCAGCUCCCGCCAUCAGUGUGUGAAUGUGUGUAUGAAUGGGUGAAUGUGGAAAUACUGUCAAAGUAUAACCCA